CCACCUGCCCGAGGUAACCCCAGGCCCGGCAGAUCCCCCGCCAGCCCGGACACCGACGCCCCAACUGUUUAUAAGCGUCUGUCCCCUGCCCCGGCUUGUGGAAGAGAGAGCUUCCGCGCCCGGGCCAUCACCACUCGCAACUUUCAGGCGCGGAGCCCAGAUCUGCAGCAAGUGAGCGUUGCCACUGCGAGGCAUUAAUUGGCCUGGGGCGCAGAGCCGGGAAGAUCCAAGGCUCUGAUUGCGACAUCCAAACCGGCCUUUCUCUUCAAACCCCGGGGUCUGGCGCAGCUUGGCCGGGCGGAGGAUUGGCGCGCUCCCGCUCCGUGCCGGGCCGAGCCGUCGGGUGCAGCGCGCACCAUGGCCGGCUGCUGCUGCUGCCUGUCGGCCGAGGAGAAGGAGUCGCAACGCAUCAGCGCCGAGAUCGAGCGGCAGCUGCGCCGGGACAGGAGGGACGCCCGCCGGGAGCUCAAGCUGCUGCUGCUGGGGACUGGCGAGAGUGGGAAGAGUACUUUCAUCAAGCAAAUGAGAAUCAUCCAUGGGUCGGGUUACAGCGAUGAAGACAGGAAGGGGUUCACAAACCUGGUUUACCAAAACAUAUUCACCGCAAUGCAAGCCAUGAUCAGAGCGAUGGACACCCUGCGGAUCCCAUAUGCUUGCGAGCAGAAUAAGGAAAACGCGCGGCUAAUCCGAGCGGUGGAGGUGGACAAGGUCUCUGCGCUGUCCAGGGACCAGGCGGAAGCCAUCAAGCAGCUGUGGCGCGACCCCGGAGUCCAGGAGUGCUACGACAGGCGGCGCGAGUACCAGCUGUCCGACUCGGCCAAGUACUACCUGACGGACAUCGACCGCAUCGCCUUGCCAUCCUUUGUGCCCACCCAGCAGGACGUGCUUCGUGUCCGGGUGCCCACCACCGGCAUCAUCGAGUAUCCGUUUGACUUGGAAAACAUCAUUUUCCGGAUGGUCGAUGUGGGUGGCCAGCGGUCCGAACGACGCAAGUGGAUUCACUGCUUUGAGAGCGUCACUUCCAUCAUUUUCUUGGUGGCUCUGAGCGAGUAUGACCAGGUCCUGGCUGAGUGCAACAAUGAGAACCGCAUGGAGGAGAGCAGGGCCUUGUUCAAAACCAUCAUCACUUACCCCUGGUUUCUGAAUUCAUCCGUGAUUCUCUUCCUGAACAAGAAGGAUCUUCUGGAAGAGAAAAUCAUGUAUUCUCAUUUAAUCAGCUACUUCCCAGAAUACACAGGUCCGAAGCAGGAUUUCAAAGCUGCCAGGGACUUUAUCCUGAAACUUUACCAAGAUCAGAACCCGGACAAAGAGAAAGUCAUCUACUCCCACUUCACGUGUGCGACGGACACGGAGAACAUCCGCUUCGUGUUUGCUGCUGUCAAGGACACCAUCCUGCAGCUCAACCUCAGGGAAUUCAACCUCGUGUAGGAGUGCCGCCCACCCCCU